AUGGGUUCGAUGCAACAACGGAUGAAGGAACUUAACUGCGUGGACGUGACACCGCCAGAUUCACCGGUGACCGACGAUCACACUAAGACCAAACGGUUCUUGGCCAAACCCGAGUCGCUGGACUCGCUGGCAUAUUCCGAUUCAGAACUGUCGUGGAGAAACGAGUACACGGACGCCAACAGCAACAACACCAAGCCGCUGCUGGAUUUCAUGGCCUUUGACGGGAGUAACGAAUUCUCAUCUCCCAACGGCAGUCAAGACAGCCGCACGUACAAAAACAAAUACAACGACAGGGUGGAUUCGGUUUCGAGCGCAGUGCAAGACAGCGAUCAAGAUCUAACCAUCAAAUCAAAGUAA